CCCCACAGAUUGAGAUGGCAAAAGGAGAAAGAAUAGGGCCAUCGUUGUUCAACAACUAACUCCUCCAAUCUCCUGUGUUUCCUCUCAUCUCAUCUCAUCUGUUUGCAGAUUGAACUCGAUCAAUUAGGCCAUGGCAACCUAAACAAAUUCGACUAAAAAAUCAAAUCAAAUUAUUCUUAGUAAUAUUAGGAAGAGGAUUAACAUCUUAAUUAAGGGGGGAGCACCAAUGAUUAAGCUAGCAUCUUGGAUUAUCAUCAUAACAUCAGCCAUUUGUUUCUUGUAUACUUUCAACCAAAUCGUGUAUCACCACCCUGAAUGUCCUACAACCACCGCCAUUUAUAACAUCUCCACCCUUGGAAACUUAGAGACAUCCCUCUCUUUCUCUAAUUACUCAACCUUACAUAACAAUUACAAUAAUAAUAAUGAUAGUAGUUCUCCCCCUCCUCCUGACAUGUCAGAGGAAUAUGAUCAACGAUCAACUUCAUUGAAACACAUCGGAUCACAAGAUGAAGAAGAAGAAGCAACACAGCUGAAACACAUUGUGUUUGGGAUCGCAGCCUCUUCGUUUUUGUGGGAUAAAAGAAAGGAAUACAUCAAACAUUGGUGGAGGCCUAAUCAAACCAGAGGAGUUGUUUGGCUUGAUGACAAAGUUAAAACCUACAAGAAUGAGAAACUCCCUGAAAUUCGAAUAUCUGGUGACACCACUAAGUUCAGGUAUACCAAUAGACUUGGAAGCAGAUCUGCAUUGAGGAUUUCAAGGGUGGUAUCAGAGACCCUUAAUCUGGGUUUGAAGGAUGUCAGGUGGUUUGUUAUGGGAGAUGAUGAUACCGUUUUUGUUGUUGAUAAUGUUGUUAGGAUCUUAGAGAAAUAUGAUCAUAAUCAAUACUAUUACAUUGGGAGUAACUCUGAAAGUCAUGUCCAGAAUAUUAUAUUCUCUUAUGCUAUGGCUUAUGGAGGUGGUGGUUUUGCCAUCAGCUAUCCUCUUGCUAAGGAAUUAGCCAAAAUGCAGGAUCGCUGCAUCCAACGUUAUCCUGCUUUGUAUGGUAGUGAUGAUAGGAUUCAAGCUUGUAUGGCCGAGUUAGGAGUCCCUCUUACUAAAGAACACGGUUUUCAUCAGUAUGAUGUGUAUGGAGACCUAUUGGGGCUGCUAGCAGCGCAUCCAGUGACACCAUUAGUAUCAAUCCACCACCUUGACGUGGUGGAGCCAAUAUUUCCAGGUAUGACACGACCCCAAGCAAUCCGUCACCUGUUUGAGUCGGUCAACCAGGAUUCAGCUAGUAUAAUGCAGCAAUCAAUAUGCUAUGACAAGAACAGACUCUGGUCUGUCAGUGUUUCCUGGGGCUAUGUAGUUCAGGUUAUUAGAGGAGUAGUCUCUCCAAGAGAACUGGAAAUGCCAACUCGAACUUUUUUGAAUUGGUACAAGAGAGCUGAUUACACAGGAUAUUCCUUCAAUACCAGACCAGUCACCAGGCACCCUUGUCAGUCUCCCUACAUUUUCUAUAUGAGCCGAACAAGGUAUGAUCGUGGCAGUAAGCAAACAAUUGGAAUCUACCGCGCUCAUGACAGGUAUAAGCACCCUUACUGCCGCUGGAAGAUGGAAAACCCCGAAAAAAUUGACUCCGUUGUGGUUCUUAAGAGGCCAGAUAACCUCCGUUGGCAAAAGUCACCCAGGAGGGAUUGUUGCAGAGUAGUAAAAUCAAAGAAGCGGUCAGUGUUAUACGUAGGGGUCGGCAGUUGUCGCAUUGGUGAGGUAAGUGAACUGUAAUACCUAAUCCAGUUCCUAACACACAAAAGAGGUGGAGUAUCCAAACAAAAGGGAUCUAUUUUGGAGACACACAAAAGUAAAUCAAGACUACCAGAAAGAACCCACAAACCCAUCAAGGCACACAACAGUCAAAAGUGAAUUUGCAAUUCAAAUUCAGAAAUUUUCAAAGCAUACCAUGUAACAUUUUGAAUCCUUUAACACUUACAACCAUAGCCAACUUCUUCUCUCAAGUA